GGACAAUUGUGGAAAAGAAACAGUAGAGUAUAGCAUUACAGCUCUAAACUGAAGGAAGACUGCCCUUGCUCCACUCAUCCCCAAGAGGAGAAUGGCAGCUAAGAACUCUUCUGUGACAGAGUUUAUCCUUACAGGUUUAACAGACCAGCUGGAACUCCAGAUCCCUCUCUUCUUCCUGUUUCUAGGUUUCUACAUGGUCACUGUGCUGGGAAACCUGGCCUUGAUAGCCCUGAUUCGGUUGAAUUCUUGCCUACACACUCCCAUGUACUUUUUCCUCUUCAACCUCUCCUUGAUAGAUUUCUGCUACUCCACUACCAUCACCCCCAAAAUGCUGAAGAGUUUUUUCUCAAAGAAGAACAUCAUCUUGCAUGCAGAGUGUAUGACUCAACUCUUUUUCUUCUGCUUCUUUGUCAUUUCUGAGUCCUUCCUCCUGUCAGUGAUGGCAUAUGACCGCUAUGUAGCCAUCUGUAAACCAUUGGUGUACAUGGUCACCAUGUCUCCUCAGGUCUGUCUAUUCCUUUUGUUGGGUGUCUACGUGAUGGGGCUUUCAGGGGCUAUGGUCCAUAUGGGAAGCAUAGCAAGUCUGACCUUCUGUGCUGACAACCUUCUCAAUCAUUUCAUGUGUGACAUCCUUCCUCUCCUCGAGCUGUCCUGCAACAGCACUUAUGUAAAUGAACUGGUGGUCUUCAUCCUUGUGGCCAUUGACAUUGGAAUGCCCAUUAUCACCAUCUUCAUCUCUUAUGCUCUGAUUCUGUCCAGCAUUCUGCACAUUCACUCCACUGAGGGCAGGUCCAAAGCUUUCAGUACAUGUAGCUCUCAUAUAAUUGUGGUUUCUCUUUUCUUUGGUUCUGGGGCUUUCAUGUAUCUCAAACCACCUUCUAUUUUGCCCCUGGACCAAGGGAAAGUGUCCUCUCUGUUCUAUACCAUUGUGGUGCCCAUGUUAAACCCACUGAUC